AUGCUAAAAUUAUUGAAAAGAAUCAUUACCUUCUUAAUCGUUCUUUUCUCAUUUGGAUGGAAAACAUCUAACACUCUUAAUUAUAUUCCUUAUAAUGUAAGAAAAUACAAUACAAAAAUAAUAAACAAUGUGCUGUAUGUAGAUAAGGAGUUACUGAAUAAUUAUGUAUUUAUAAAAUUUUAUAAAAAUGACCUAGUCUUAUUAAAAAAGAAAAAUAAGAUAAAAUGCUGUUCUAGUAAAAAGAAAGAAGAUGAUAAUUUGGGUGUCGAACUUGAGAAUCUAGUCAAAGACAUAGAAGAGGGAAAAUAUGGCGCUGAUCCUUUAAAACUGUAUAGGGAAAUUGAGAAUAGCAGCACAAUCAAAGGACAAGAAGAAAAAAAGGAGAUGGAAGAGCAAGAUAAAAAAAUAAAUAUGUACAAUGUAGAAGAAGUAAUAAACAACACAGAUGAAAGUUUAAAAAAAAGUGUUAGGAAAGCAUUUUACAAUACAGAAAUUGAUGAAAAUGAUGAUCAAAAUGUAAAAAAGGAAUACAUUAUGAUGAAUAAAAUUGAAAAAACCUUUGAUGAAAUAGAUGACAUAAAUAACCCAGAAGAAAAAUUAGAUAUGGACAAAAUUUAUAAAAAAAUUAAUUCAAUGAACGAUGAUAACAAUUUAGGAACACCAUUCAAAGAUACUGCCAAAACAUUGUUGAAGUAUAAAGGUUUGCUCCAUAUGCCCUUUGAGCAGUGUCUUAUGUUAAAUAAUGUCCAUUUCGAUUGGAGAGAAUCUUUAGAUCACAUAGAAAUAAAUAUCCCCAUUUUUGAAGAAACGAAUUUUGAAGACAUUUUAUUUCAUUUCAAAGAUGAUUAUAUAAAGCUGGAAGUUGUGAGGAACAAGGUUAAAAUUCUUUUGUUAGACCAUAAGUUAUGUGGGAAGAUAGCUUAUGAUGAAGCAUAUUGGAUUAUAACUAGCGAUUACAAAGAUAAUGAAAAACAUGUUAAUUUGAUCUUGCCCAAAUUAGGACGCUUUAAAUAUAUAUGGGAAAAACUGUUGCAGGGAUAG